ACUGCUUUUAAUGGCAUGUGGCUUGUAACUUUACUUCUGCUGUAUUCUUUGCAAGAAGUCAACAGUGAGGAUGUUGUCUCUACGCGGCUGUACUUUGUGAACGCCUCCCUGCAGCGGGUGACCUUCUCCAGCUCGGUGGGGGUGUCCCUGCCCUGCCCUGCGGGCGGCGCCCCCCAUGCUGUCCUGCGCUGGUACCUGGCUGCCGGAGACGACAUUUACGACGUGCCCCAUAUCCGCCACGUGCACGCCAACGGCACCCUCCAGCUCUACCCAUUCUCCCCCUCCGCCUAUAACAGCAUUAUCCAUGACAACGAGUAUUUCUGCACUGCUGAGAACCAAGCCGGCAAGAUUCGUAGCCCAAGCAUCCACAUCAAAGCAGUGUUCAGGGAGCCCUACACAGUGCGAGUGGCCGACGAGCGCUCCAUGCGGGGCAAUGUCGCCGUGUUCAAGUGCCUCAUCCCCUCAGCAGUCCAGGAGUACGUCAGCGUGGUGUCCUGGGAGAAAGACACCGUCUCCAUCGUCCCAGGUAACCGUUUCUUCCUGACCUCAUUUGGCGCUCUGUAUUUCUCAGAGGUGCAGAAGGAAGAUGCUCUGUCCACCUACCGCUGCAUCACAAAGCACAAGUACAGUGGAGAGACUCGCCAGAGCAAUGGAGCCAGGCUCUCUGUUAUGGACCCUACGGAGUCCACCCCCUCAGUGCUGGAUAGUUUCCAGUCCGGUGAGGUGCAGAUGGGGCACAGCGUUGAGCUGCCCUGUGUUGCAUCCGGAUACCCAAACCCCACCAUCCGAUGGCUGAAGGAUGGUCGGCCUUUACCUGCUGACUCCCGCUGGACACGGCGCAUCACCGGCCUCACCGUUUCCGACUUGAGGCUUGAGGACAGUGGCAACUACAUCUGUGAGGUCACCAACAGCUUUGGCUCCAAAGAGGUGACGGGUCAUCUUAAUGUCAUAGAUCCACUGCGGGUCACCUUGUCUCCCAAGAACCUGAAGACGGGGAUCAGCAGCACAGUCAUCCUAUCCUGUGCCGUCCAGGGUUCCCCGCACUUUAUGGUGUCCUGGUACCGUAACACUGAAUCUGUCCUGCCCGAUCAGCACUUUUCCAUCCAGGGGGCUCACAAUGAGACAUUGUUCAUUUCCGCUGCACAAAAGAGACACUCGGGAGCUUACCAGUGCUUUGCCACGCGCAAGGGCCAGACCGCCCAGGACUUCUCCAUCAUACUGCUGGAAGAUGGCACGCCCCGCAUUGUCGCCUCCUUCAGCGAGAGGGUGGUGGUCCCCGGUGAACCCUUUUCCCUGAUGUGCGCUGCCAAAGGAGCGCCCCCCCCCACCAUCACCUGGACCCUGGACGACGAGCCUGUGGCCCGGGACCUGUCGCGUGUCCGAGCCAGCCAGUACACGCUCUCCGACGGCAGCACUGUGAGCCACGUCAACGUCAGCAGCCCGCAGAUUCGCGAUGGAGGAGUGUAUCGGUGCGCCGCACGAAACUCGGCCGGUAGUGCCGAGUACCAAGCGCGCAUAACAGUGAGGAGUCCACCGAGGAUUCGGCCUAUGAAGAACAUCACUGCAGUGGCAGGAAGAAACUCUUUCAUAAACUGCCGUGUGAUUGGGUACCCUUAUUACUCAAUCAACUGGUACAAGGAGGGGCUUCUGCUGCCUGACAAUCAUCGCCAGGUGGUUUAUGAGAAUGGGACCCUGAAGCUCAGCGAUGUUCAGAAGGGGAUGGAUGAGGGGGCCUACGUCUGCAGCGUGCUCAUCCAACCACAGCUGUUCAUCACGCAGACUGUCUAUAUCACCGUCAAAGUUCCUCCACUGAUCCAGCCAUUUGACUUUCCACCUACUUCCAUCGGUAAACUGAUGUACAUCGCCUGCGUGGUGUCGUCUGGAGAUAUGCCAAUACGCAUCACAUGGCGCAAGGACGGGCAGGAGAUCGUGGCCUCCUCGGGCAUCACCAUCGACACAAAGGAGUUCAUGAGCUCCCUUCAAAUAUCCAAAGUGUCGCUCAAGCACAAUGGCAACUACACCUGCAUUGCUAGCAACGAUGCUGCCACUGUCAGCACGGAGAGGCAGCUCACAGUUACAGUGCCUCCUCGGUUUGUGGUUCAGCCCAACAAUCAGGAUGGGAUCUAUGGGAAGGCAGGGAUCCUAAACUGUUCAGUAGAUGGGUACCCUCCUCCAAAAGUCAUGUGGAAACAUGCCAAAGCUGCACUAGCGGGUAUUGGGAAUCCGCAGCAGUAUCACCCUGUGCCUCUGACGGGCCGUAUCCAGAUCAUGGGUAACGGCUCUCUACUCAUCCGACAUGUCCUGGAAGAGGAUCGGGGCUUCUACCUCUGUCAGGCCUCCAAUGGUGUGGGCUCAGACAUCAGCAAGAGCAUGGUUCUUACCGUUAAGAUCCCCGCGAUGAUCACCAGUCACCCCAACACCACCAUGGCUAAGAAGGGUCACUUGAAGGAGCUGAACUGCACAGCCAGGGGAGAAUGGCCCAUCAUCAUCCGCUGGGAGAGAGGCGACACAGUCAUUGACCCUGACCGCAACCCCCGAUACUCCAUUAUCACCAGUCCCAACGAGAAGACGGACGAGGUAUUGUCUACACUCAAGCUAAAGCCAGCUGAGCGUGAGGAUUCAGUCUUCUUCUCAUGUCAUGCUAUCAACUCUUACGGCGAAGGACGAGGCCUUAUACAGCUCACUGUGCAAGAGCCCCCAGACCCUCCAGAGUUGGAAGUGCGAGAAGUGAAAGAUCGCAGUAUGAAUCUACGGUGGACACAGAGAUUUGAUGGAAACAGUGUCAUUACCUCGUACGAUAUUGAGUAUAAGAACAAGACAGAUACCUGGGAGCUGAAGCAUGCAACCCGAAACAUCUCCCCCAGCAACAAUCAGGCCAACAUCGUGGACCUGCACCCCGCCUCUGUCUACAGCAUCCGCAUGUACUCCUAUAACUCGAUUGGCAAGAGCGAGGCCAGCAAGGAACUCACCAUCAGCACAGAGGAAGCACAGCCUGAUGGUCCUCCCAUGGAGGUGAUCCUGCAGCCAGUGACCUCUCAGAGUAUCAGGGUCACAUGGAAGGCCCCCAGGAAGGAGCUGCAGAACGGGGUUAUCAGGGGUUACCAGAUUGGAUACAGAGAGAACGGCCCGGGCAGUAACGGCCAGUACAGCAUUGUGGAGAUGAAGGCCACCGGAGACAGUGAGGUCUACACCCUGGACAACCUGAAGAAGUUUGCUCAGUAUGGUGUGGUGGUCCAGGCCUUCAACAGAGCCGGCACAGGACCCUCCAGCUCAGAGAUCAAUGCCACAACACUGGAAGAUGUUCCCAGCCAGCCUCCUCAGAAUGUGCGAGCGAUUUCUGUAACAUCGGAUGAGGCAGUGAUCACAUGGGCCGAGCCUCCCAGGAUGACGCUACAUGGCGUGUUAAAGGGAUACCGCGUCAUCUUCUGGGCUGUGUUUCCGGACGGAGAAUGGGGUGAAAUGCAAAACAUCACAACCAUCAAGGAGCAGGUGGAGCUCAAAGGCCUGGAGAAGUUCACCAACUACAGCAUCCAGGUCCUGGCCUACACCCAGGCUGGAGAUGGGGUCCGUAGCAACGUCCUGUACAUCCAAACCCGUGAAGACUACCCCGGACCCCCGGCUGGCAUCAAAACUGUGCCCUCUUCCUCCAGCAGUGUCGUGGUGUCCUGGUUACCCCCUCACAAGCCAAAUGGAAUCAUCCGCAAGUACACCAUCUACUGCUCCAGCCCCGGGUCCGGCCAACCGCUGCCCAGUGAGUAUGAAGCGAAUCCAGAGCUGCUGUUCUACCGGAUCACACACCUCAACCACCGACAGCAGUACCUGAUCUGGGCGGCGGCCGUCACCACCGCAGGUCGAGGGAACUUCAGCGAAAAGGUCACUGUGGAGCCGGCGUCCAAAGCCCCGGCUAAGAUCCUUUCAUUUGGGGGCACAGUGACGACCCCCUGGAUGAAGGAGGUGCGACUGCCCUGUAGCUCAGUAGGAGAACCUACACCUACCAUCAAAUGGACCAAAGACAGUGAGGACACAGCCAUCCCAGUGUCUCUAGAUGGACAGCGGCUCAUCCUGACCAAUGGGACGCUGGUGCUGCGUGCGGUCAAAGCUGAGGAUUCUGGGUACUACACCUGCACGGCCACCAACACGCUGGGCUUCGACACUAUCAUUGUCAACCUUGUGGUACAAGUUCCUCCUGACCAGCCUCGUCUAACCGUCUCCACCACUUCCAUCUCCUCCAUCACUCUGGCUUGGAUACCAGGAGACAACGGAGGGAGCUCUAUUAGAGGUUUCGUGUUGCAGUACUCUGUAGACAACACAGAGGAAUGGAAAGAUGUUUUCAUCAGUUCUAGUGAACGCUCCUUCAAACUGGACAACCUGCGCUGUGGCACCUGGUAUAAAGUGAAGCUGGCUGCAAAGAACAGUGUGGGAGCCGGACGCAUCAGUGAGAUCAUCGAAGCAAAGACCCAUGGGCGAGAACCCCAGUUCAACAAGGAUCAGCCGGUCUUCACCCACCUUAACUCCAGCCACGCCCGCCUCAACCUGCAGGGCUGGGUCAGUGGAGGCUGUCCCAUCAACGCUGUCAUACUAGAGUUUAGACCAAAAGGUACAUGGGCAUGGCAGAAUGUGCGCACCAAUGCCACAGCAGAUGUGUUCCUGGCAGAGCUUCGUGAGGCGACCUGGUAUGAGUUGAAGAUGAAAGCCUGCAACAGUGCUGGCUGUGGCAACCAGAGCUCCCAGUUUGCAACCCUGGACUAUGAUGGCAGUACAAUUCCACCAAUCAAAUCCCCUCUGGAAAAGAACGAUGAUGUCAAGAAGCUGUUUUCUAUUGGUUGUCCUGUGAUCUUGGUCACUCUGGGUGUUUUGCUGCUCUUCAUCAUUCGCAGGAAACGCAAAGAAAAGAGGCUGAAGAGACUAAGAGAUGCCAAAAGCCUGGCAGAGAUGCUGAUCAGUAAAAACAACCGCAGCUUUGACACUCCAGUGAAGGGACCUCCUCAGGGCCCACGCUUACACAUCGACAUCCCCCGAGUGCAGCUGCUCAUUGAGGACAAGGAAGGCAUCAAGCAAAUUGGUGAAGACAAAGCCACUAUCCCUGUGACAGACACAGAGUUCAACCAAACUGGAAACCCUCAAAGCUUCUGCACAGGUGUGUCCGUCCAUCACCCCGCCCUCAUCCAGAACACCGGUCCUUUGAUUGACAUGUCAGACAUCAGACCAGGAACCAACCCAGUUUCAAGGAAGAGCGUAAAGUCAGCCCACAGCAUCAGGAACCGCUACUCCAGUCAGUGGACUCUGACCAAGUGCCAGUCCUCCACGCCAGCCCGCACUCUCACCUCAGAUUGGCGCACAGUUGGCUCCCAGCAUGGCAUCACUGUCACCGAGAGUGACAGCUACAGCGCCAGCCUCUCACAGGACACAGAUAAGGGUCGCAACAGCAUGGUGUCGACAGAGAGCGCCUCUUCAACCUACGAGGAGUUGGCGAGAGCAUAUGAGCAUGCCAAGCUAGAGGAACACCUGCAGCAUGCCAAGUUUGAGAUUACUGAAUGCUUUAUCUCUGACAGCUCCUCUGACCAGAUGACUACAGGUACCAACGACAAUGCAGACAGCAUGACGUCCAUGAGCACUCCCUCAGAGCCUGGUAUCUGCCGCUUCACUGCCUCACCGCCCAAACCCCAGGACUACGAUCGUGGCAAGAAUGUAGCUGUGCCCAUUCCACACCGCGCCAAGAGUGACUACUGCAACCUUCCCCUCUACAUGAAGUCAGAUCCCUUCUUCCGAAAGCAGUCCGAGCAUCAUGACCCCUGUCCAGUGGUCCCCCCACGUGAAGCCUCCAUUCGUGGCCUGGCCCAGCGGGCAUACCACACCCAGGGCCGUCAUGUGACUAUGGACUCGGUAAAGCAGCAGGCCCUAACCAUGGGCCACUCUGGCCUGUCCAACCUCUCUUCCUCUGGAGGGGCAACAGGAGCCUGUGGUGGGGGUGCGUCUGCUAGCUCUAGCAGCUCCACCCUCCCCCAGAGGACUCUCACCAUGCCAGGCUCCUCUGCCUCCAUGGCCCAGAGUGCAGCGGCCGCUGCUACUGCCACUGCUGCAGCCGCUGCAUUCUCCUCCUCAGGGGCCACAGGAGGGACUCCUGGAGGGGCCUCCUCCAAGAUGGGAGGAUCCAGAGACUCUCUCCUGGAGAGCAGCUCCUCGGGCUUAGGCAGACUGCAGAAGCAGAGAGAUGGAGGGGCGGGGGCCUACUCCAAGUCGUACACACUGGUGUAGCCUGCCAACACCUUGGCCUGUCACUGUAACUCUAAAUAAAAUGCUGGUCAAGCCAGCGCUUGCCUGGAGCCUCUAUGAAGUGAGAAGAGAAACAUACACAUGCCCAGCCGACCCGUCAGUGCCUGCGCUGUGUCGGGCUGCAGGGAGCUGCUGGGGGUCCCAUUGACACGACUGUAUGAAGGGAUCAGAGCUGGGUCUCCACAGCACAGGGGUUUGCCUUUCUUUCUGCCUGAUUGCUUUUUAUUAUUAUUGUGUCAUCUUUCUCUAUCCCUAAUUUCAUCACCCUGGAAAUCACUUGCCAAACCGUAAAUGAUUAAUCUGUUCACUUCAUUUUUUCAUUUUCUGGCAAGGACAAAGUACUUAUGCACAAAAUGCUUUCCACGUGCACUGUCUUGUUUUCUGGAUCAAGACAGUCAUAGAAUGAACCAAGUUUUUUUUUUGUGAUGUUUUUAGGUUAUUAAAUAUGUUGCUUUUCUGGUUUCUGAUGGAAGAAGAGCUCAUAUCACAGCAUUGUGCCAUGGCAGGAUGCUUUCAAUGUAUGCAUAAACCACCUUGGUGUUACACUGGCUCUUAGUGGAAGGACUGACAUCUCAAUACCAGUUUUGAGAUUUGGAGAAUCUUCUUAUACACACAAUGGAUGACACAGCAUAGUGGUCUUAAUUUAUGCUUUUUUAAACAGACUCAAAACAGAGGACAUACAACAAAUGUCAAGCAUCAUCAAGUGAAUCCAAACCCUCUUUUUCAUCAGUUUUCAGUUUAUUUUCUAAUAAUGGAAAUAUAAUCUCAUGUGCACUAAGAAAAGUUAGAAUGGAUCCAAGUAACAGAAACCUUCACAAGUGUGUGUGUGUGUGUGUGUGUGUGUGUGUGUGUGUGUGUGUGUGUGUGUGUGUGUGUGUGUGUGUGUGUGUGUGUGUGUGUGUGUGUGUGUGUGUGUGUGUGUGUGUGUGUGUGUGUGUGUGUGUGUGUGUGUGUGUGUGUGUGUGGUGUGUGUGUGUGUGUGUGUGGUGUGUGUGUGUGUGUGUGUGUGUGCGUGUAUAUUAAAUAUAUAUAUGUAUACAUUUGGCAGGCACACAACAACAGUGGAUCUUUUAAAAAAUCAAUCUGUAUGCUGACCUCUCGGGCAGAUGUCUGUGUAAACUGACCCUCCCCCCCUCUGUUGAUUUUGGGGAAUCGGGGACAGUAACAAUGAUAAUGCUGACGAUGUAACUUUAUGAUCCUAAUUCGGUCCAGCAUUAUGAAAAUUGUUUUUUUUAAGUGUGAUUGACAGCAUUGAUUAGGAAAUAAUACUGAAAAUGAAGUGGGUUCACAAAAGAGCAUUUACAGAAGAAACAGGAUCCUUACUUUAUUCUCUUCCUCAGAACAAAGAAGGAUGAAAACCCCAUUAUGAUCCAUCAUCGUUCCACAAUGUCAUUAGUCUUUGUUUAACACAUUUGACCUGUAUCCACUUUUCCCCUUUCAUAUCUCCCACCUUCGCCCACCCAGUCUCCCAUCAUAUCCAUACAGUGUCACUGUGACCUACUGCUAGCAUACGGGCUAGUUAAAAGACAGCUGGACUGAGAGGUCUCAUAUGCACAGACAGGCAGAAAUGCUACUUGACGUUCAAUGACAACUUGAAUGGAAGCAAAAGUUUCAAACGUAGGCCUACAGCAAAUUUACUGAGAUGUAUAAAAGACAAUAAUAUUUGUAUGAAAUUAUCUUGAAUUGAUGAACGGACAAUGACUUUAAGAUUAUAGACAGAGAGAUCAAGUGUUAAAAGAAUUUGCAGAAAAGGGAAGAGGGGGUUACAUAGAAGAGAAAUAAGCGGUCUUUAAAACUAAGAUGUGUUUUCAAGUCCCUCCACCUCACUGAAUUUAUUUGAGCUUUAUGCAUGGUACUGUAUCUGCUAACUUUUGGUUAACUUGUUUUUCCCAUUUCUUCUCCCAAAGCUUAAUCCCAUAACAAAGAUCGUUCCAAAAAGAGUUGCUCCAAAUGUUUUGCAAUGGCAAAACGUAACAUCAGGGCUCUCGCAAUAGAAAAAAAGAUAUGAUAUAUGUUUGUUUUCAAAAGUAUGUACAUAUAUAUUUCUAUUCAAAUAUAUAGCAAAUAUAUGAAUAUUAAAAAAGCAGAGAAAUAUAAAAAACGUUCUAAUUGAAUAUAUAUAUAUAUAUAUAAAAGAUCACAAGACAAUCGCUCAGAGUGAAAAACUGCGAGAAGGAAGAGAAAGAAGAAGAGGGAGGCUUAAACGGGUAGCACAACCAUGGAUGGGAGAUCUUGGAGAAGUGGUGUGAAAGAAAGUGAAAUGGUGAAACUGAGGUUUGAGGAAUGAUCCAAUGACCCCCCUUGUGAUAUUGUAAAUGUUCCAGCUCCAACUCCUGUGCAGCAGGGCGAGGCUGAGAGGAAAGCACAGUAAAGUCAAAUUAUAGUGUGAGAUUGUGUCGCUGGUUAACUGUGGUCUAUGGCUCAGUGCAGAAAGUGUGGUGUUGAAAAAGAAAACCGUAAAACAAGGGAAGCCUAUACAGUAAGUGAGCCUGUUGUAAUAUGUUGUAUUGUACCUUCCAAAGGUUUGUUCACAAACUCAAUGCCAUUAUCUGACUUUAGUUAAUGAAAACAAACAGACCGAAAAGUGUUUCUGUUUCUUUUCCGUUUCAUAGCGAGCUCAAACUUCUGGACUGCAAGCCAAUAAACAUACCACACAGUAACUUCUCAUAUAUGUGUUAAUGCUCUAUUUAAUUUAAAACUACACAGGAGAUAAAUGCAUUUAGCUUUUCAUUGUUAAUUGUUUCUUUUGGCCUUAAUGUUUCACGUUGUACAAAUAUUGUUUUCAGUAAAACAAGUCCGGAAAUGGGGCUGUCCUGUUUUAGCAACCAGAAACAGAGGCCUCAUAUAUACAGUUGUAUGGAUAUUGGAUGGAGUGAUAAAACAAACUCCUGUCAAACCUGCUUUUCCCUAUUCUUCAUUGAAGUUGCCUCUAAAUCACUGAUAUAUAGUCAGUUUGCUUAAAGUAUAUGUAUUGUAUGCCUUUAAGGAAACGUCCACCCUCUAACCAGUGGAGACUUGAUGGUCUUACAUUUGUUAUACUGAUUAAUCUUAUCUAAGUCUCUACGAAAAAGCAAAGAGGCGUAUUUCUUUAAAUGUUUAACUAUUCCUUUUAUGUAUUCCAAUAAUUUUGUUUAAUCCUUGGUUGAAAUUAAACUCAAAACAGCCUGAUUAUUGCAAACUACACAAUACUAUAGUAUUUUGGUUCCUAAAUUAUAGAUUUUCCAUUCUUAUGUGCAGAAAAAUAUUUUUAGGACCAAAUAAAUAAUUCAAGUUAAAUGUACAAAUAAUAUAAAAAAAACAUAUGUGCAGCUGAAAAGAUGGCCUGUUAUUGUGUAACAUUGACUAGUUACUUUUGAAUAAAAUAGCAGACCAUACUGCCAUAUUAAACUUGUAACUGUUCACAGUACUUUAUCAUUGUUGCAGCAACAUUUCUUCUCAGCACCCUGUGUUGAUAUCUGCAAUGUUGAAUUGACAAAUAAGUGAAUCAGGGUGUAUUCUCUCUUUAAAAUACAACCGAAUACUUUACAAGCUGACUUUUUGAACUCUGAGGCCAACAUCACAUGUCCUACUUCCCCAACCUUUCCGCAUCUGCUCAACCAAUACGAUCUUCCCUCUCACUGUUCCCCCACCUUUUACAUUAUUUUAACUCCAUAAUAGAAGACUUGUGUACAUAGGAAAGUGUUUUGUAUAAAUGAGUACUAUUUUCGACAUCUUCACUAGAAACCAGGGCACAAUGUAAACUUUGAACUGACGUUAUUGUAAUGAAACAGAAGAGGACAAGGAAAUACUAUAGGAAUAUACAGACACUGCUUCAUCUUGAUUUAUGAACCAGUUGAAACGUGUCAGAGUGGGCCAUGCAUAGUUAACAAUAUUUAUUUCUUCUUUUAGAGGACAUUUGGUUGCAUUGUCCUCUUUUAAAAAAAUGUUUCUAAUUUUUUUUUCUGUUAAUUUUUAUCUUUUUUGUUUGAAUUGUUUUACUUUAUCACAGGUUGCUUUAUUUAGCAUUUGCCUUUUUUUAUUCCACUUUUUGGGGGGAGGACAGCAGCAUUGCAUGCUCUGAAAUUUUUGCUGGUUAUAAAAGAGAAAGGGAAAUGGUGAAAAGAACAACUUAAAAUGGCAGGUUAAUGAAAACAUUUUAAAGAUGCAGAGGUUGUUCCUUAAACUUUUACGGGGAAACGUUGCUUCAAUUUGCAAUUGCUUGUGUUUAACUCUACAUUUUCUUUUCUAUGAAAACAAACAAAAACAAAAAAAGAGUACUCAACACCUUGUGCAAUAAAGCUAUCUUUCUAUGAAC